GUACAUUGGAGUGGAUAUCAGGAAUUUCACGACAAGUUGGAUUGACGGCCUUGCAUUCAAUGCUAUUAUACAUAAAUUCAGGCCCGACUUAUUUGAGUACAAAAGCCUGCUGAACAAAGACCCUAACUCCAGGCUUGAACACGCUUUUCAGUUUGCAGAGAAACAGUUAGGCAUUGAGCGGCUUUAGAUCCCGAAGAUGUGAACACUCUUCAUCCCGACAAAAAGUCUGUCAUGAUGUAUGUCAUGUGCUUUUUUCAAGUCCUUCACCAGCAAAACGUCCCUUUGCGAAGGGGCAGCUCAUCAGAGUACUCAGAUAGUGAAGCUACAUUUCAUCAGGAUGUUGGAAAGGGUGCCACUCCCCUGCAUACAUCGAAAGGCAGAGCAGCGGGGGGGUCCAGUUCGUCACGCGGUGCCACCACCAACGUGAUCAGCUACCAGAGCAGCCUGGAAGAAGUGCUCACCUGGUUGCUGGAGGCCGAGGAUCGACUGCUCAAUUUGCCUCCCAUAGGCAAUACUGUGGCACAAGUGAAGGACCUCUUUCAUACGCACGAGGACUUUAUGCUAGAGCUAACACGAAACCAGGGCCGUGUUGGCGAGGUGCUUCAGGAGGGGCAGCGGGUCAUUCGUGAAGCAGGCAUAUCAGCACAGGAGAAGGAGGAAAUCAAGGUACAAAUGGCAUUGCUCAACACGCGCUGGGAGAGCCUCAGGCACAGCGCCAUGGAUAUGCAGACCAAGUUGCAAGAGGCCCUGAUGAAACUUCAGAAGCAGCAGCAAAAUGCGUUGCGGCAGUGGUUGACCGAGACAGAAGACAGGAUAAGCAGGUUUGGGCCGGUUGGGCCCGACUUAGAAACGGCGAGACAACAAAUGGAGCAGCACAAGCAAUUGCAAGACGACAUAGAGAAAGAGCAAGAAGUUGUGAACUCUCUGUCGAACAUGGUUGUUGUUGUUGACGAGUCUAGUGCAGACAAUGCGUUUACAGCGUUGGAGGACGAGCUGUCAGCAUUGGGUGAACGCUGGCAGGCGGUGUGCAACUGGGUGGAAAACUAUGGGGCUCAGCUGGAGGCCCUGAUCAACGCGCUGCAGAUGCUGAGCACGGAGGAGCCACGGCUGCAGCAGUGGCUACUCAUGCAAGAGGCUCAGCUUUGCCGCAUGGAGAAGGCCGAUGCCACGAGGGCUUCAGUGCAGGAAGUGCUGGACAUGGUCAAGUGCCUGCAGGUAUUAGAGCAAGAUUUGGAGUAUCACAACAAACGGCUUGAUCACAUAUCAAACGAAAUCCAGAAGGCAAUGAAGACCCUUGACAAGGGAUCACUAGCUGCCGUAGAGCUGUCCCGCAAGCAGGAGCAACUGACACACCGCUGGGAUGCGCUGCUCCAGAAGAUGGAAAACUUGAGCAGGAAGUUGGCCAAAUGCAGUACGGAGCAGAAAGUGAAAGCGGAAGCUGAGGAAAAGGCCUUUACAUACAGCCUCUUCAAGAAGGAAUCGUAUGGCAAUUCUCCACGGACUGCGUUGGGAAGAGAGCCCCUUUCUGACUUUGGAGCCAAGAAGCGGCGUCUGGACAGCUGGAAAGUGAAGGAAUGGCAGAGAGCCCUGGAAAACGUCACAGCCUGGCUCGAAAAAGUCGAGAAUCAACUGGGGAUUGAUCCCGAUCGACCGCUUUCGCAGGAGCAGUUGAAGGCACUCUUCGAACGCAUGAGUGUUGAUGAGCUGCAAGCACUUACUGAGGAUGUGGAACGGCAAGUUGCCAUGAACAAAGGAGAAGUAGCCCAGCUUGUUCAGCAAGGCAGAGACGUUGUGGAAGGCCUUGAUGCAGUUGGGGAGCAGACCAAGGAAGUGCAGGGAGUGCUGCGGGAAGUGGAGGUGCGCUGGCAUGAGGUGCAGAACAUGGUGCAGUCACAGAGGGAGCACCUGGAAGGGCUGCAUGCUUGCCGCGAGCUCCGGGCCGAAGGGGAUGCACUCGAACGCCUGUUGGCCUCGCAUCGCCGCUGGCUGGAAAACUCUCAGACCACGGCUCGACAGCGGCGUGAGUCGGAUGAUGUGCGAAGACUGCUGGAGCAGUGCAAGAUGAGAUUGAAGACUCUGGACAGCCAAGAGGACAAGGUGCAGAGGCUACAGGAGAAAGGGCAAGCCCUUCAGGCCAGGGUGCCCACGCUAAGCACUGAGCCAGUGUUUGGACAGAUUGAAGCUCUCGCCAACCAGUGGGCAGACACGGGAACCAAGAUCGCUGAUCUUGAAACACAGCUUAGCCGGUCCCUGGAUCGGGCUCCACCUCCAAAGUUGCUAGAAGCAGUGGAUGCACUGGAAGCCUGGAUCCGGAGUGUCCAGCAGGCCCUGGAAUCCGAAAAGUCCCAUGUGAACACAAUGGAGGUCAUGGAAGAUCAGCUACAGAAGUAUAAGGAAAUGCAAGAAACUGUUGACGAAGAGGAGUCCAACUUGCAAUACGUUACCAGCACUGGAAAGGAGAUGUUGCGCAAGGAGCCCGAUGCGCCCUGGGCUCGAGAGCUGCGAGACAAACUGCACAGUCUGGGCAACUGCUGGGACCGGGUUCGCUCUUUGCUCAAGGAGCGGCUCCAGUUUCUGCGAAAGCAUAUGUUGGUGCUCAAGAGAUUCCAGGAGGAAAUGAAAAGUGUCCAGAAGUGGAUCAGUGAUGUGACUUCUUUCCUUGAGGAUGAAGAUGUUGCGUACGGUGACCUGGAAAAGCUUGAGGCACAGUUGGAGCAAUCAAAUGCCCUUGAUGAUGACGUCGGUACUAUACAAAACAAUGUUGACAAUAUUAACUUGGUUGCUGAGGGUCUGAUACAAGAUUCGGAAGAGGAGUUUGGGGAUACCCUGCAGAGGCAGGUUGAUGAUCUCAACAGGCAUUGGGAUAAGGUGAUGGAAAUGGCUCGAAAGAAGAAUGCUACCCUAAAGAGAGCUGUGGAGACAGGCCGGUGUGCCUCUGAAGGUAUUGCCGACUUAUGUGAGUGGUUACGGGAGCUGGACAUGGAGAUACCACGAGAGAAACCCAUCAACACUGCUUCAGAAUUGCAGGCCAGGAUCAGAAAGUUACAGGCAUGUAAGGACAAGCUGGACUCUAAGCUUUCCGAGUACAACAGGCUGAAAGAAGCUGGCACAAAGCUUGCUCAAGGGAACAAGACAAAGAGUGCUGAGGAUGCACGACGUGAUGUGGCUGCACUCACCAAGCUUUGGGGGGAUGUGCAGGAAAAGAUACCAAGUACCACCAGUCUCUGAAGCAAUCAGGGACAAACUAUGCUGAAUUUCGAAAUGCCAUCAUGUUAGAGAAUGACUGGCUCGACAGAUUGGAGAAGAAACUGAAAAGAUCACCAGAGUCAGCUGCUGAUGCUGAAGAGAUUUCUGAGAACCUUGACGAUUUGGAGAACUUUCUGCGCAACCACCCAGAUGAUCGAAUUCCCAAGAUACAGCAGCUCUGUGAGGAGCUUGUGGAGAAAGAGGUGCUAGUCGGACUAGUCCAGCACGAAGCGGAGUCGGCUGUGAAGCGUUGGAGGACCUGACACGUCAGGGCAGCGAGCGGCAGCAAGUUCUCGAGAACAGCAUCGUGCAGUACCAAAAGUGCGAGCGGCAGAUCUUGAGCGUCCAGAGCUGGAUGAAUCACAUGGACAAUGCAUUGCAGAACAGGCUGGACAAUGACAUCAGUGCUCAGGAUGUGCCUGACGAGUUGGCUCAAUUCAAGCAAGAAUUCCUUGAGAAAGAGGAGCAGUUGAAAAGCCUAAGUGAUCAGGUUGAUGCAUAUCAUGCACAAAAUAGGGUUGAAGCUGCAUUACGCCUAGAUGAACAGCUGCAGCUCAUGAAGAUGAAAUUCGAGGACAUAUCGGCAAAGCUCAAGAGGUUUCAGUGCCCCGAUGACUUUGAACCCAAGCUGGGACGAAUUAGCAAGUUGCUAACAGAAGUGGAGCAAGGGAUGAAGCAACUUGACCUCAACUCUGAGAGUCCCGACAAGAUUCAAGACCAACUAGUGCAGUGCAUG